CCUCCCACCCCCACCACCUCCUCACCCCCAUCUGCACCUCCUCUCUGGUGCCCAGGCGCCCCCUGAAAGGACCAGAAUAUGUCGGUUCGGAAGCUAUUUUUCUCUAUGCUCUUACUCGGGUAUCCCGGUUACCCCAACACAAAUCUUGUCCACAUUUUGGCUGACCAUUUCCCUCUUGGCUCUCGUGUCUUCGGAACUCUGUGGAAGCUUGCCGUUAUUACUGCCACCGUUGCAAUUUGUGCAUGUCUUAUUUACCUCUGGAGAGUUGUCCUUGCUACAGAGCCUCCAGUAUAUCCAGUUAAUUUACAGCAAAAAACUGCAAAGAUCAACACGUUGGAGAAAGAAAACACAGAGCUGGCUGAAGCAAUAUCCACGUGGGAACAGAAGAUACAUCUUCAAGAAGCUAAGAGAGAAAGUAACAUUCACUCUGCUGAAGCUCUGAAGUUGAAAUCAGAAGAUGCAAACGGUCAAUUGGAGGAACUGAGAGCCUCGAGGUCCAAUAAACGUGCACUGGAAGCAUGGAAAAAGGCCGUGGAAGACAUUCAUAAUGCUUUGAGUUCUAUUAAAGCAAUCAGGGAAGAAUCAGCCAAAAGGCUGAAGGAGAGCGGAGACGUCCUUGAUGAAUCCAAUGAAGAAAGAAAAAUGGCUACAGCAAAGAAUCUGGAUAUGACAAACUGUGAACUAGUGGCAAUGAAGAAUCAGCUGGCAACUGCAGAGGAAAAUCUGAAAAUAGCUACAAGGGACAUACACAAGUGCAAACAGCAAAUGGAACAAACACGAGAACAGCUGCAGAAGGCAGAACGCACCUUCACACACCAGGUCGCAGUUUAUGAGCGUAAUGCUGAGGACAACUGGAUCAAGACUCUGAUCCGGGAGACGAGAAUGGCGGAACAGAGCCGGGAGGUCGCCCGCUUGAAACACAGAUUGGAUAUGAUGGAAGGAAAGAGGCCGCUUGAGGGAUACAGGAGGUGGAGACCAAUGCCUGGAGGUCCAGAGACGCAGAACCCUCUGAAGAGAGAGCCUUUAGCCGAAGCUGAUGUCACUCCCAUGAGUCACAACUACAAGCAGUCUACCAACAAUGCCGAGACGGACAAGGGCAGUGUGGAUCCGUGGCGACCUCCUCCAUCAACUGGAAGAUUCUGCACACCCUACCCUAGAGGCCAUCGUAUGAUCUCCUUGGCACAUCCACCUCCUGUACCAGGUUCGGGACCAUCCCAAACCCCUCCACCUGCACCACUUGGUAAGAUGAUCUGGGCAGUAUGAGUUGGCUUGCAAAGAACCUUCAUCUAAUUUUUGUUGUUGUUGAG